GACAGACUAACACGUUGUUGAUUUGGCCUUUUCAUGAGAUUUAUUGACAAUAAAAGAAAUAUAGAAAAAUGCCAGCAUUGUCCUUUGACUAAAAUAUUUCAACAUAAACUCAAACCCCAAAAACUGAGCCAAAAAGUAAUAAAUAUUGUGGGUGCUCGGGUUGUCAAACUCAUGUUAUUGUCAUAUGCAGCUGUGAGUGCAGACUGAUUCUGCACCAUGCAACAAUAAUCUGACUGACAAAAAUAAAAGCAGACACGAUGUCUAACAAAAAGUUUCAAGUCAGUGUAAGUUUAUUUCUAUAUUUUGCAGAACUCAGUGGAGAUAAAUGGCUGCCUAGAAAGAAGAAAAAACACAGACUCAAAGGGUCUAAAACAGGAUGACUUGCUCUGCGGUCAGCAGUCAUGUAAAGUGUGAUGGAGAAGAACAGAAGGUCCGAUACGCUCAGAAGACUAAACAGUUCUAGGCGUCAUCCUUAGUGCCUGUCAUGGUGGUGUGAGGGUUUGAUCUGCGGCCCGUGUCCGUCCGCUGGCUGCAAUGAGCCAUUUCAUUGGGUUUAAUAAAGCGGAGAGUGCCAACAACUGUCAUUUGAGCCGUGAAGCCAAACCUCCCCACGUGCUCCAGAUUGGCGAGUAAAAGAAACGAACCCGCAGCCUCGGACAGCGAGGGUCCUCCUGGCCAUAAGGAGUCUAUUAUGUUCCUGUGUGUCACACAGCCAUCUUUGUGCCGGCUCGGUGCCACGCUGUGGCGUUUGUAAAGGCCUGGCCCGGCAGAGUGCUGGCACACGGCGGUCAGGACACGCUGCUAAAUCCCAUUAGAAUCCGUCCAGAGGAUACCAGACUGCCAGUUACUGUCAGUCAUCAUCAGGCUUUUCCCUCAGGGAGCCGCAACGCUUUUAAUUAACCUUAAAAACAAGAAUCACAAUGAUGAGCUGAUGAGCUUUAAAAUAUGAAACAAAUAUCACAACAACACUACAACCUGCAGAGGACACAGAUCUACUCCGGGCCUCAAUUUUAACUUCCUUUAUGUGGCACUUUUCCAGACAAAAUCAAAAAGUGCUCUAGAUUAGAAACAAACUCUGAGAUCCAACACAGCAGGACUGAACGAAGAGACCAAUGAAACAGCAGGGUGGUAGCCAGGAUUUUAGAAAUACUAAAAUCAUAUGUCCCCCCAAACGCACCCCCCACCAUCUUCAGAAAAAUAGUGCACAAAAAAAACAACCACCAAAAAGAAGAUCUCUAACUUUAUUAUUAUUUUAAAUAUUGGAUUUUUUUAUAUUUUAUUUAUCCAGUUUAACAGUUCAAUUAUACUCUCUGUUAACUCCCCCACCCCCCAACAGGAAAGUCUCAAAGCCUUCUCCACACUGCCAGGAAUAAAAUUAAAAGAAAUGAAAUGAUGGUCAGAUUCAAACAUAUUGAGUUUAAAAAUACUGUUAUCAGCUCGUAAAAUAACCUCCAUGUGUAGGUUUUUAAUUGUAAAAUGUAAACUCCCUCCAGGAUGCUAAACCCCCCAAAUUUAUAAAAAUAAAAAACGUUAAUAAAUAAAAAACAAUGACGAGGACAUAACUUAAUUGUCCUCAGUUGUAGCUAUACGGCUGUGGAGGAAAGAAAACUAAGGAAAUAAAAAAGUUAAAAAUAAAAACAAAUAUAGGCUCGGAAAGUUAUUUAAAUUAAAAUCUAAUUAUACUACAGUACAACCAUGAGAUAAAAACAAACAAUCUGAAGUAUUAUAAAGCCAAUUCAUCUUAAUAUUCAGGACCACCUCCACACCUCUAAUUCCCAAAUUAAAAUCAUUUAAACAGGGAUAUUUCCAUAAAAAUCCCUUACAGUUAGAAUAAAACCACUGCUGUGGACCACACUCAAGCUUCAGAUAAACUUUACUUUUUAUGUUUAACAGGUUUAACAUUACAUUAAAAUGUAUUAUUCAUUAAUGGACUUUGUGGCAAAAUCAUGUGAUUUCAUACAGUAAAUCCUUCCAGCAUCACAUGCUGCUCUGUGGGCUGAAGCCAGUUUAACACACUGUGUUAGUUUUUGCUUAAUAUUUUUGUUAUCAUUUUAAUUGGUACAGAAAGUUUGGGGUCUUUUUUUUUGGGGUUUUAUCUCUGUCAUUUAGCACAUUCAUAUGCAGAGUGACAUCUAGCAUUACAGUUUUCCUGCUUUUUGUUGCACUUUGUAGUUUUUCAGCCUGUUUAAUAUUUUUUUUUGUCGCCUAGUUUUUAAUAGGAAGCAAAUGAAAGGCUAGAUAGCUGAGUCAGAUGCAAAUUAACUUUUUAUUAUUAAGGAAAAGGAUGGUUUUUAGUCAUAAUGUAAGCCUACUUGGUUCAAACUGGGUGGAGGUUAUAAUUUACUAUCCUUUACAUUUACCAUCACCACCUCUCUCAUCCUUCCUCCCCUCCUUAGCUGUGAUGCUCUUCUGCUUGGCCGCCUCCGUGUAUCGGCCCACAGCAGCGCACUGAGACGCUUCUAAUCCUCUUUUGAUGAACUUGGUUAAUAGACCUCCUGCAGCGGACUUUGGCUCUGUUCAUUAGGCAGCACACGACCCUCUCCACGCCCCCGGAGUACGCACUGCGCGUCCCCGCGGCUCCCAUCCCCAUAAAUUCACCCAUCAAAGUGAAGAAAGUUAAACGUGAGUUACUUUGUUGAAGUUCUCAGUGAACUGACCGGGUUUCGUACAAGUUUGUUCCGAGGAAGAAGAGGGAUGCCGCCGAGUAAAAGCCUCUUUGCGCCUUUCAUCUCUGUGGAACCGGAGGGAGGAGUCGGCCCCGCGGUCCCGGUGGCUCUGCACGCCGACAUCCACGCUCUGCUGCAGCGGAGCCGCGCGCAGGAGCGGCCGGGGGCAGAGCGCACCAGACGCGGCUGCGACCACCGAGACCCUCCAUGCGCCAUUGUGGAGCUCCGGCUGGGCCCCGCCGGCGGCGCGCUGCACUACCUCCAGCCGGACAAGUGCGCUCUGGAGCGGGCGCAGAGACGGCGACGCCUUGCUGCCAACGCCCGGGAGAGGAGGAGGAUGCUGGGGCUUAACGUCGCCUUCGACCGGCUCCGGAGCGUCAUCCCCAACCUGGAGAGCGACAAGAAGCUCUCCAAAUCUGAGACGCUCCAAAUGGCGCAGAUUUACAUCGCCACCCUCAGCGAGCUGCUCCAGGAGGGCGCCUGCGGAGCCUCGGUAACGAGCCGCGCUCCGCGGCCCCCGGGGGCCACUCCGCCCUCACAGGGGACCACACUUCUGGCUGGGGAGCCAUCUGGGCUCGUCAGGGACUUUCACAGUGGAAAGAACAGCGGAGGCCCGGUGCGCGCAGAGCAGCAGCAGAGUUAUGAUGAGGACGCGUGUGAGAGCACGAGCGGGAACAAGUGACAUUCAAAAACUGAAUACAUUCAAAAUGACUCUUAAGACUAAUUAUUUGUUUCCUGUUGUCCUCAAAAGACAUUAAGCUCCAAGAUUUCUCAGUCUGUAAUGCAAUUUUUAAUUGUCUUCAAUUUACUACCAAAAUAAUGUAUUUUAGAGGACUGAGAGGUCCUGGCGUCUAAAACUGUAUCUGUUCCUUGAGUUAAAAUGUAUUUUUCUUGCCAACAGCACAAAGAAUGAGUUUCUGAUAUUAUAUUAUUAUGCAACAUAUCUUUUCCCCCUCAUGACAAAGCGGGUUGUAGCGAGUUAGUCUCUUUGAAAAAAGCAGCUGACAUGUUUUCCAGUAAUGAGAAAAAAAAAACUGUUUUACACCAAAAUUCAAAUGUUUUAUCUCUGUGGCAGAUAAUUCUUUGAGAUAUUAUCAUCAAUUAUGGGAACACACAGAGAGAAAAGAAAUACAGAGCAGGAAGUACUGAAAGUAGCAAUUUUUAUUACUUUAAAAUUAUGUACAGGUAACCAAAGACAUCAGUCUGCAAAUUGGUACAAAGAUCAAGUUUUCCUGCAGUUGGCUUGUUAAGAAGCUCUCUGUCUGUCCAAAACAACAACACGACUGGGAGAAAAGGCUUUAGAAAAUGAAAAAUAGAGUCAGAUUCAGAAAAGUAGAGUCUACCGGUCUAAAUUUAAAUUUAACCCCCACCCACCCCACGACAAUCCCACCCCCCAUUACCCAUCAGCCUCUCCUCCUACACGAGGAAAUCAAUCUAUGUACAAGAACUAUGUACAAAAAGCUCUUCCAUUCAUUCUUCCAGACGUCUGUGAAUAAAGCUCUUGUAAACUUUAAAAAAAAAAA